GACCAGCUGCAGCAGAAGCUGGUGUGUCCAGGUGUGGUCACCUGUCUCACCUCGUCUCCUGAUGGACUCUUCCUCGCUGCCGGAGUCGCUGAGGCUGUUUACCUGUGGGAGGUGUCCACAGGUAAGCUGCUGUGUGUCCUCAGUCGUCACUAUCAGGAUGUCACCUGUCUGAAGUUCACAGACGACAGCAGCCAUUUUGUUUCUGGCGGAAAAGACAACCUGGCUCUGGUAUGGAGUCUGUCCAGUGUGAUCCAGUUGGAUUCAAACCACGCCCCUGAGCCGCGUCACGUCCUGUCUCGUCACUCUCUACCAAUCACAGACCUGCACUGUGGCCUGAUGGGAGCUCAGGCCAGAGUCGCCACCGCCUCCUUAGACCAGACCGUCAAG